AUGAAUUUCGAAGACACCCAGGUGGUGGUGCAUGCGCUGCCGGUAGACGAGGAGCUGCCGCCGUACACGCCGUUCCAGCCGACGUUCCUUGGCGACGACCUCACCGUCCCCAGCGACACAAACUCACUGCAAAUCCGGCGCCCUGUCUCGGGCAGUAGCAGCGUGCGCUCAGUGGUCGAGCCCACCGAGCUCCACGUAACUGCCAACGGGCCAUUGACCCGUGCCACCCAGGUCCUGGACCCCACGCACAGCACGCAGCUGACAUUCGAGGGCUUCGCGCAGACCCGUGUAUUGCUGGUUGUGGACGAGGAGAACAGGUAUGGCGGCUACCUGUUCAUUGACAGCCGGUUUGAGGCAGCCCAGGAGCCUGCAUGUGCGGUCAGUGCGGCAUCCAAGCUGAUUACCAAACCGGAUGAGCGCAUUCUGGAAUUUGGUCUUGGCAACGCCCCGGCUGCUUGUCUGGUCAAGGCUGAGUGCAGAAUCGUGGUUCCCAGCUCGGCCACGGUGCCGGCAAUUCGCUUGAGACUGCCUGCCAACUCGCACCUGUCGGCCUCGGGAAUCACUUGUACGCAGUUGGCGCGGCUCGACCUCGCAGCGGUGGCGUGCGUAGCCCGCCUACGAGACAUGUCCCUGCACAGCCUGCGCUUGGCAGUGGCCGAUGGCCGGCUAGAUAUCGAGCGCAUUAGCGUCCAGGACUGCGCAGAGUUCAUAGCAAUCAAGGGCGAGCACACCAUAGCCGAGUGCACCGCUGGCCAGGGAAUCCGCAUUAACGCGCCCGAGGGCAGACUGGAGAUCAGCAAUGCGAAGACCACGACCAUGUCGGUUUCAGCCAAGAGCUCGACACUGGUGGUCCGGGCCACCGCAGCUGACAAAGUCUCGGUGCAGACCACUGAUGGACCGGUGACCCUGGAGGACGUGACGGCAGCGACCAUUGCAGUGAAGUCGUCGCAUGCGCCUGUGCGCGGCAGCUGGACUGUGUCCAAGGCGCUGACCAUCGAGGCAGAAGCGGCGAUCGUGCAAGGCCGAUUGACAGUGGCUGGCGACGACGCGCGGAUCCGGAUAAGGACCAGCAGGUGGCCGGUGCGGCUGGCGGUCAGCGACGACUAUACCGGCUACUUUGACAUCCGCUCUGCCAACAGCAUCGUCAACUUUGGGCUUGCCGGUGCGACAUUCUACGAGUGCCAGCAGUACUGGCGCCAAGGCGUCAUCGGCAUUGCUGCCAAUGUGCUCGAGGUCGAGAGCACCAACUCGCCUGUUGUGAUCACCACGUUCUAG